ACGUCAGGCUCCGAUUAUCUUGCUUGGCAUGCCACGUGGGUUCCUCAUUGAAUCCUAUAAAUACCCCCCCGGGCCACGUCAAAAAGGUAAUUGAAACCAACCUUAAGCUUUUCUUAUCUCCGCCCUAAAGGUAGCCCCGAUUAUUGCUGACUUAAGCAUCGGAGUGUCUACCCCGAGUUCCACCUCGGGGCUUUGCAGGUCAUCCCGAAGUGCAAGCACGGACUGGAGAAGGACUUCCGGUUUGGUGCAAUUACAUUGGCGCCGUCUGUGGGAAUCGAACUGAAAGCUUUCUGAUUGCUCUUCUAUUAUGGUUCACACUCGAUCAGUUAGAGCUGGUAAUUCAUCUCUGCCUCUUGGGCAAGGUCAACCCUCCAACAACCUCCCGCUUCCGAUUCCACCUCAAAUCCCACUUCAAAUUCCACCUCAGCUUCCACCUCAGGUCCCAAUUAUGUUCCCUCCUGUUGAUCAUGCAGAAGGAGGAGAUGAAAACCAACCCCAUACCUCAGCUCACAAUUCAACUUCCACUGCCAACCAAGACGCGGUGACAGCUCAGCUUGCUGCCAUGCAGCAGCAGUUUGCUUCACAACAGAAUCCCCAACCAGUUCAACCCGCUCCCGCUAUUAGCGAAUCUCAGGAUCAAUCCCACAUAGCACCCGCUCAGCAACCCAUCCCUGAUGAUGUUACUCGCCGCCUUGAUAGCUUAGAAAAGCUGAUAGCUGAACACCGAGAUCCUCCACCCCCACGCAAUGUUACUGAUUCCAUACCUCAUCCCCUGAAUACCAACAUCACACUGGAACCCUAUCCUACUGGCUUCAAAAUACCACAACUGGAGACUUAUGAUGGGACGAAGGAUCCCGAUGAUCACCUGCAUGCUUUUUACUCUUGCAUGCAAGCACAUAAUGCCUCUGACGCGUUAAUGUGCAAGAUCUUCCCCUCUACUCUGCGAGGUAAUGCUCGAACUUGGUAUUAUAGUCUACCUCCGAGGUCGAUCAGUUCUUACACAGAAAUGGCAUCUGCCUUUGCCACUAAGUUUUCCAGUAGAAGGUUGAUUAGGAAAACUACUACUGAAUUGAUGCGAGUUAAACAGAGGGACGGAGAAUCUCUAAAGAACUACAUGAGCAGGUUCAAUGAUUCAGUUUUAGAGGUUAGUUCCUUUGAUCAAGCUGUAGGGAUUGCCACUGUGAUCUCCGGUCUUAAGCAUGACAGGUUCAGAGACAGUUUGAUCAAACAUGCUGCCACCACCUUCAGCGAGAUAAACAACAAAAUGGACUUGAGACGUCCUGGCCCAAUGCGAACUGCUACUGCUAGUCGUGACCACACCAGAUAUUGUGAUUUUCAUCAAGAUCACGGCCAUACUACAGAGCAGUGCAACAGCUUAAAAUCCAAACUGGAAAGUUUAGCUCAGAAGGGAAUGCUGAAUGAGUAUGUCCAGAGAGUUGAACAACCGAGGUUCGUCAGAGAGCAGAGACCGCAACCUCAGGGAGUUCGCAAUCCCCCAAAUAGACAAGGUGUGGGAUAUCAGCAAGCCCCACCUCCGCUCCCACCACCGGCUAGAAUCAUACAUAUGAUUACGGGAGGCCUUGAAGCAGGUGGACUGAGCUAUAAGCAGCGAAAGCUGUAUGUUAGAGAGGUUAAACAUCAGAACCGAGCCCAGAAGCGGAAGAUCGACGAUGCUGAGUGGAAGAAUCAACCCAUUACUUUCACAUCCGCUGACCUCGACACAGUUGUUACACCCCACAAUGAUCCCCUGGUCACUUCUGUCAUGAUCAAUAACUGCGAAGUACAGCGUAUCCUUGUUGACACCGGGAGUGCACCAGACAUCAUGUAUUUCCACUGUUUCGAGAGUCUUGGACUAGACCCAGCAUUAUUGCAGAAGUAUGAUGGUCCUAUCUAUGGUUUCAACAACCAACCUAUUCCGAUGGCCUCCUCUUUCAACAUUGUUAUUGGCCGACCCACAUUGACUGAAAUCCGAGUUGUGGUUUCCCAAUCCCACCUCUGCAUGAAAUUCCCCACUCCUAUGGGAAUUGCAACACUGCGAGGAAACCAGGAGGUGGCCAGACAUUGUUAUAUCACCUCGGUAACACAACCGAUGAAAGGCAAAGCUCAGACACCCGAGGUCAUUCCCCAGCGAAUUUCUGAUAAUCAACAAGUUAUGGGUGUUGAGAUCGUCGAUAAUCGACUGGAAGAUGAAACCAGAGCUGCUCUGGUCGAAGAUGUUGAAGAAGUACUUAUUGAUGACAGAGAUCCGAGCCGAACGACACAGAUAGGAACUAGAUUGAACCCGGAGGAGAGGGCAGAACUGAUAGCUUUUCUCCGAGCUAACAAUGAUAUAUUUGUAUGGACUUCGGCAGAUAUGCCAGGAAUCCCAACUUCAGUAUGUCAACAUAAGCUCAGUACCAAUCCAUUGAAGAAACUAGUGGCACAGAAACGGCGUCUCUUCGGGGGGGAGAGGCUUCAGGCUAUUAAAGAAGAGGUAGAGAAACUCCUACAAGCUGGUUUUGUCUGGAAAGUUGAUUACUGCGAAUGGGUGGCUAACCCAGUUCUGGUGAAGAAGGCAAAUGGCAAAUGGCAAAUGUGUAUUGACUACACAAAUCUUAAGAACGCCUGCCCUAAGGAUUGCUAUCCAAUGCCGAGCAUCGAUAAAUUAGUUGAAGCGGCUUCAGGCAAUGAGAGGUUAAGCCUCUUGGACGCAUAUUCGGGGUAUCACCAGGUGCCAAUGGCUCCAGAAGAUGAAGAGAAAACUGCGUUCUAUGCUGGUGAUGAAAUUUAUUGUUAUGUCAUGAUGCCGUUUGGCUUGAAGAAUGCAGGUGCUACUUAUCAGAAAAUGGUAACCAUUGUCUUCCACGCUCAGAUUGGCAAGAAUCUGGAGGUAUAUGUCGACGACAUUGUGGUCAAGAGCCUAAAAGCAGAAGAUCAUCUCGCCGACCUCGACGAAACCUUUACCAACCUCAGAAAGAAUCGAAUGCGGUUAAACCCAGCCAAGUGUAUCUUUGGAGUGGAGUCUGGAAAGUUUCUAGGUUUCAUGGUGUCCCGAAGAGGGAUUGAGGUCAAUCCAGAGAAGAUCAGAGCAAUUGCCGAGAUGGAACCGCCGAAGUCAAUUAAAGAUAUACAGAGGUUGACUGGAAGGGUGGCAGCUCUGCAUCGAUUUAUCUCCAGGUCAGUGGAUAAGUGUUUACCAUUCUUCAAAAUUAUGAGGUCGGCCGCCCAGAAGGAUGGGUCAGGGAAACAGAAGAAAUUUGAAUGGACUAAGGAAUGCCAAACUGCAUUCGAUGAUCUGAAGUCUUAUCUUAGCUCGCCACCUCUACUAACUAAGGCUAUAGAUGGGGAGAUUCUUUAUCUGUAUCUGGGAAUUUCAGAUGAGGCCAUUAGUUCAGUUCUGGUAAGAGAAGAAGCCAAGCACCAGAAACCAAUCUAUUAUCUCAGCAGUGUAUUGCAUGGAGCAGAGCUGAGAUAUCCUAUGGCGGAGAAAGCGGCACUAGCAGUUGUCACUUCGGCCAGGAAGUUGAGGCCAUAUUUCCAGUCACACCCAAUCAUCGUCCUCACAGAUCAACCCCUCCGGCAGAUUCUGCAGAAACCAGAUAGCAAGGGUUCAGGGGCUGGAGCUCUCUUGAUUGGUCCAGACGGUUAUCGAAGCGAACAUGCUUUGAAAUUUAACUUUGAUGCGACAAAUAAUAUGGCUGAGUAUGAAGCUCUGAUACUUGGUCUACAACUAGCAUUAGAGUUGAAAAUCAGUGCAAUUCAAGUGUACAGUGACUCCCAGCUAGUGGUGAACCAAAUCAACUCUAUUUGUGAAGUCGUUGAUCCUGUAAUGAUGAAGUAUGUCGCCUUGGUGGCCGAGCUGAAGUGCAAAUUCCAAAAAUUCUGUCUGAGUAAAAUCCCCCGAGCUGAGAACGAACAGGCAGAUUCACUCUCUAAGUUUGCCUCUGAUAGCUCUCUAAGCUCCAGAUCCGUCUUUGUAGAGGUCUUAAAUGAACCCAGCUUCACGAAACCUCGGGUGAUGGAAAUUAGCACAAACCCUGACACGCCGAGCUGGACUGAUUCAAUUGUCUCCUUCUUACGAGAUGGGAUAGUGCCUGAGGACAGGCAGGAGGCAAUGAAAUUGAGGAAGAAAGCAUCUCGGUAUACACUUGUUGAUGGAGUCCUGUAUAAGAGAUCUUUCUCACUUCCUCUUCUACGGUGUUUAAACCCUUAUGAAGCUGAAUACGCAAUUCGAGAGGUGCAUGAGGGUGUCUGUGGGAGCCAUGUUGGUGCUAGGACUCUCGCUCACAAAGUCUUAAGGCAGGGAUACUACUGGCCAAACAUGUACAGAGAUGCCACCUACUUUGUUCAGAAAUGCCCGAAAUGUCAAUUCUUCGCACACUUGACUCACCAGCCAGCAGAAGAGCUCACGAACUUGGUAGCACCGUGGCCAUUUGCUCAGUGGGGACUGGAUCUUUUAGGCCCAUUUGUGAAAGGGGUCGGUGGUGUAACUCAUCUGAUAGUUGUUCGAUCAUCUGCAGAUAUGGGAUCCCAAAUCAGAUCGUGGCCGAUAAUGGAACUCAAUUCAAUUGCUUCUCAUUUCGAGAUUUCUGCUCCAGUUAUGGGAUCAAGUUACAGUUCACCUCCGUUUACCAUCCGGAGUCCAAUGGCAUGGUGGAAUCUAACCACGAGCCGAACUGCCACAGGUGAAACACCUUACCACCUGGCCUUUGGUACCGAAGCAGUCAUUCCUGUUGAGAUAGGAGUCCCAAGCUUCCGAGUCACCCAUUUCGAUGAAGAACGAAAUGGACAACUGCUUCGGGAAAACCUUGAUUUGCUUGCUGAAGUCAGAGAAGAAGCUCGGCUUUAAACUCUUGCAUACAAGCAGAAGCUAACCAACUUCUACAAUAAACGGGUCCGCCCUCGAACAUUCAAAGUAAGAGACCUUGUUCUCAGAAAAGCUGGCCUAACGGGGUUUGAAACUCGUUUUGGCAAACUCGCCCCGAAUUGGGAAGGCCCUUAUGCCGUGGCCGAGGUGCCACAUCCUGGUGCCUAUAUCCUCCAAGACGCUGAAGGAAAGAGAGUUCCUAGAGUCUGGAAUGUCAAUAACUUGAAGAAAUUUUACCCUUAAUGAAAUUCUUUCAAGUGU